AUGCCCACAUCUACCGAAAGACACGGCAUCAUAGAGGAGUUCCAGCUAGGCUGUUACAGGAGGGGUAAGCGCGUUCUGGUGGCCUGGACCGGAGGAGAUGCACCGGCGGGACGGCAGGGGUCGCGGGGCGUGGGCGGAGCUGCCGCGCAGGACGCGGGGCCGGGCCGAGAGGAGGCUCGGGAGGCUGGAAGGAGCAACCGGGAGUCCAGCCGUGCCGGGAGCCGCAGGGCCUCUGUGAGGAGUCUCUUCUGCAGAGACCUCAGCGUCCGCAAGGAGGCCCGCCCACGCGGAGCGGUCCCGCCUGGGUCCGCUCCGGAUCUUCCCACGCCCGGGUCCAGUCUCUCCCGAUGUGGGUGUCGCGCGCCCCCUGGCGGCCGCUGUGUCAGCGCUGGCCCCGGCGCGGCAGCGUGGGCUGGGGUGGGAUUCGCUCUUCUGGACCCGGUCGGAUUUCAGGGCUGGGAGAGAGAGGCGGGAGCUACACCGCUGGGAGGGCUGUGGGGCCUAUGCUGUUCAGAGCAGAGCUCCGCGGCCGCGCAGAUUAUCGGCGGGGGGGGCGGGGGGCGGGGGAGGCGCUGGGUCGGGCGGCAGCGACCCUCCUGCCUCAGUGAUCUCCGGAGGAUCCAGCCCGCAAGGGGUCAGGACCCGUGGAUGGCGGGACAGCUGCGGGUGCCACUGGGGUCACAUGGUCCUCCGAUGUACACCAAAAUAACCACAGUUAGUAGUUCUGCCUUCUUUGAAGUCUCUGCACUCAGGGCUCAGGAGCCGGCCUGGCCCUCUGUGACUGCUCCUGUGCAGGUGCUUCCAUCAGGCUCCCACCUCCCCUCUGAAGUUCAGAUCUUCCUUCCCGCCAUGCCCUCUGUGGUCCACCCCUGCGUGGGUGACACAGACAGAUCUUACAAUGGGGACCACAGCCACUCAGUUGGGAAACUUAGAUGUGAUGAGCAUAACUGGACCCUGGAAUGUCAGGAACAACUGGAAGCACUCAACCACAGAAGACAAGGGUUGCUAGAAAGAAAAAGCAGACGACAGAGGAUGAUUUUGAAUGAGAAUAAAAAGGAUAUUCUUAACGAAUGGUUUGAAACGAACCCCUAUCCUGGUAUAGAUACCAGAGAUUUUCUGGCCAAAGUAAUCAGUAUUUCAGAGUUUCAAAUUCUGAGAAGAAGGCGCAGACAAAGGGAGUAUGAAUGCAACUUUGGAAAAUAUCAAACCCAGGCAUGGAACAAGCUUCAGUUCAGCCAUGAAGGUAAUGAAGCCAGACAUAUCUGGACAAAUUUCACAAGACCUCAAAUUGAAACCCUAAUUCAAGCCUCUGACCAGAAUCACUUGCCUAGAAUUGCUGUCAGGGAAGAACUGGCUAAACAAACAGGCAUUCCAGAAAAGAAAAUUAUGAAACCUGCAUCCUCUACGUUGCUUGGUGUAGAGGAGAGAGACUUAUCUUUUUCUGGAGAUCUCACUCAGAGUGAGGAUGAGAGGGCAGAUUCUAGAUCUUCCAUCUUUUCAGACAAAACAUGGUUUCUUAACCAAAAAGCUUUGCACCAACACCCGGAAAAUAGGGGAGUACCUGCGGACUCCGUGGCAGAAGGCCCAUGUCAGACAUCCCAUGCCAGGAAUCAGUUGCCACCAAAAGACCACAGCACUGACCCAAGAAGUUCCAGAUACCUUCCUCUCCCCAAUGCUGUUACUAGCAAAAGGUCACUUGUACCAGGAAUGACUCCAGGCGUAAAGAUUUCUUUGUGUCCCACAAACCAAGGACAAUGCCAUGGCCCCAAAGAGCACACUACAACAGAGAUACUGCUCUCAGAAGACUCUGCUCAACCUCUGUUUGGUAAUCAACAGUGGCUGGGCGUAGACCAGGUAGACUCAUAUCUCUUUCUGCAGCACUGGGAUGAAUUGUUGCAGUCCAUUAUUGCUGAGUGGGAUCCAUAUGAAAGGACAUCAGUCUCCAGAAAAAACUGA